AUGGACUCGUCUUUGACAGACGCGGAAAGCGAGCGGGGAAUUAUUGACGCAUCCACGACAUUCUUAUUUCCCCAUGUAUUCCAGUCAUGCACCCCGAACGCGUCUGCGACGGUGUCUCUAAACACACCAGGUGAGCAGCACCAGCAGCAACAGCAACAUCAGUUUCCCUACCCCAAGCAGUCGUCAGGGCACUUUCACAAGAUGCCGCCUCAGUUCACACCGCAAUACGAAGCGGCCACAUCCCCGUCGAAGGAAGGGGAUGUCCGCAUCGAAGGAUGGGGCAAUAGCGUUUCCUCCGGGGUGCAGCCCAAUGUCCCGGUCUCGACAGCGCAAACCACCAAAGGGGCAAGCGUUGCCAUGGCAUCUGCGGGCGCCCGGGUGGUCUCUAGCCACGUGCCUCAGACCGAUACGCUUCACCGCGAUCCCAACGUCAACGUUACUGCAUCAGAGUAUUCAGUCACCACGGAAGCAGAAAAAAAUGAAUCGCCAGAGCGCGUCCACGUUCUCGUUGUCUUCGACAAGGCCUUCUGCGUGUGCUUUGUGCCGUCGGCACUGCGCGCGACACUCAAGGUUGGCGAACUGGUGCUCUGUGAAUGCACCCACGGUGAGAACAUCGGCACCAUCGUCGCGGACGUGAGCGCACUCGUCGCCAAGGUGAUGCGACAGUGCCAAAAUGCCAUGACCUUGGCAGCAGUUGAACAGGCCUUCACUCCACCGUGUGAGCGUGUCGUCCGCGCGGCCGGCACCUCUGGGCCUUCGGUGGGUGGGGGGCACGUCAAUGGGUUGUUUAUCGCCACAACGGCCAUGUACACCGGAAAGGCUCCCGGCGGGUUACUGGCAGACCAACAGCUGCGCCGUCUUCCGUGUGUCCUUCGGCGCGGCACUAACCGAGACAAAAAGCGCGUGUACUUUGCGCGACUUCGCAGCAACGACGCGCUGGCAGCGGUGCACCGCAUUCUCCGCAGCGAGUCACUGGUCGCGCAGUCAGCCGAGUAUCAGGUGAACUUCACGCGUGUCAUCAUCUACUUUAGUGGUGAGCGCAGCCAAUGCCUUUGGUCACCACAUCAGUUCCAGCAGCUUGGUAACACGCUAGUCGACCCUUUGCGCUCAGAAACGGUGGAGUUCCGCUUCGUGAGCGAGCAGCGCCAUGAAGAGCUCGACCUGACGCGCGCCGUCACCGGUGAGGAACUGAGUGAGAUUCUCUACACUGCGGUAGCGGACCACCACGAACGUCAAGGUAGCAAAGGUGUACAAGGCAGCCGUGGAGGAGCCGCACAGGGAUCUGCGGCCCACCGACCGGGUCAGUCGGCUCAGCACUCGCAGCAGCAGCGGCAGCAGCAUCAGGCCGGGAAACUGCUUUGUGGUCACCCGAGUGUCGCGGAAGCCUACACACACUCUGCGGCGUGGCCACAGCCAGCGGCAGCUCUUCCGCCAGGGAACUACGUUACCCAGGCCUCCUCCCUAACGCCGCAGCAACAUGCGAUGGGCUACACGCUUGCUCCCUGUGUGUACGUGCCCCAGCAGCAACAGCCGCCCCCAAAUGUGCACGCCAUUGCCCUCUCCAGUCACACUGUCGCAAAUACACAGUUAGCCACGCAGCCGCUGUCCUUGGUCCAGGUGCACUACCCAUCCAUAAACCAAGUGAAGUCGGCACCAGGAAUAUACUGGGCGAACGUCCCGACGCCUCCUCAGCCGCAGCGAUUGGAGAUACCGCAGUCACCGGAGACGACUUAUUACUAUGUGGUGGGCUCCGCACACCAGCAGCAGUCUGCGGGAUCGCAACCCUCGUCGACCGCGCAAAGGGAGCCGACGUUUCUGCGGGCAGCAACGCUCGCCGCCCCAUCCCAUGUUCAGCAGCCAACCUUCGUCGAAGUACCCGUCAUGAACACAGAGAACUACCAGCCAGUCUCCUACCCGCUUGUGUUACCCUCGGGCACCAUCCCUUACUCGUAG